AUGAAGAGAAGGAAGGGCAGGAACCUGAAUUGGGGAAAUGAGAGUCUGCUUCCAUGUGAGGAUGCCCUCAAAGAAGUACAAUGUGGAAGACGUGUCUGUGCCACACUGAUAGCCACACGAUUUCAGGAUGAUUAUGGUCUGACAGAUGAAAAAGUAAAGUCGUACUUAUCCCUUCAUUCAAAUGUACUCGAUGAAUUUGUGGCAGAAAAUGUUAAUAUUGAAACAGUGGAGAGAUGGCUGCUGAAAAAACAGAGCAGACAAGACGGUAAAGCCAAUUUUCAGAACAUUAAUAGGUACCUGAACCCUAACAUGCAAGCAGUGGUCUAUGAAUUAAACUCCCAUGUAGAACAGCGGAUGGACCCUGGCAGUGACAACAGACUACUUUUGUUUGAAUUGUGUAACAUCAUAAAAACAGCUACCACUGCUGACGAAUUUUCAUUAUAUUUUGUGGGAGACUGCAGCAACUCAUUGUGCUUGUUUACACCAAUGGGAUUUAAAGACCAACAACAGAGGCCUGUUCCUGCUGAACCAUAUGGCCUUACGAUAGCAUCAUAUGUAGCUAAGUUCAGGAAAACGCUGUUAGUACCAGACCUUUUUGAGGAUAAUCGAUUCCCCAAAGGAACAUGGUUGAGCUCAGCGACUUCUAUUCAAUCUGUCCUCUGCUUACCAAUGGUCACCGCCAGUAACGACUUGAUAGGUGUUUUGGAGUUGCGUCGACAACGUGGCAGAAAUCCUUUUGACAGUGAGCAACAGCAGAUUGCUACUGCAAAUUUAGCAUGGGCAUUGGUGGCAUUACAUCAAGUUCAGAUUUCCAAAGGUCUCACCAAGCAGAGUGAAAUGAAUGAUUUUCUGCUGGAUGUAUCCAAAACCUAUUUUGAUAAUAUUCUGGCAAUAGAUUCCCUACUUGAACACAUUAUGAUAAAUGCAAAAAAUUUGGUGAAUGCAGAUCGCUGUGCAUUCUUUCAGGUUGACCACACCAAACAGGAGUUGUAUUCAGACUUGUUUGACAUCGGUGAAGAGAAGGAAGGAAAACCAGUCUUUAAGAAAACCAAAGAGAUUAGGUUUUCUAUUGACAAAGGAAUUGCUGGGCAGGUAGCACGAACAGGAGAAGUUCUUAAUAUUCCUGAUGCCUAUGCAGAUCCACGUUUUAACAGAGAAGUAGACCUGUACACGGGGUACACCACACGAAACAUCCUGUGCAUGCCUAUUGUCAGCCGAGGAGUUGUCAUUGGUGUUGUGCAAAUGGUGAACAAAAUGAGCGGAAAUGCCUUUACUGAAGCUGACGAAAACAACUUUAAAAUGUUUGCUGUCUUCUGUGCUUUGGCCUUACACUGUGCAAAUAUGUACCACAGAAUACAACAGUCAGAGUGUAUUUAUCGGGUCACAAUGGAGAAGUUGGCUUAUCAUAGCAUUUGCACGACUGAUGAAUGGCAGGGCCUUAUGAGAUCUACACUUCCCAAAUCCCUUUGCAAAGAACUUGAACAGUUCCACUUUGAUAUCAGCCCCUAUGAAGACCACUGGCCAACUUUUUUUGUCUAUAUGGUUCACAACAGCUGCGGAAAGACCAGCUUUGAUCUGGAGAAACUGUGUCGCUUCACUAUGUCAGUAAAGAAAAACUACCGUCGUGUGCCCUACCACAACUGGAAACAUGCGAUCACUGUGGCACAUUGCAUGUAUAAUAUUCUGCAAAAAGUUCAGGGAACAUUCUCACAGCUGGAGCGGAAAGGUCUUCUGGUGGCUUGCUUGUGUCAUGACCUAGAUCACAGAGGUUACACUAACAGCUAUCUACAUAAGUUUGACCACCCACUGGCUGCCUUGUACUCCACCUCCACAAUGGAGCAGCAUCACUUCUCCCAGACAGUUGCUAUUUUACAGUUGGAAGGGCAUAAUAUUUUCUCCAACCUGAGCUCUGAUGAUUAUGAACAGUUAUUAGAGAUUAUUCGGAAAGCCAUCAUUGCCACUGAUCUCGCACUAUAUUUUGGAAACAGAAAACAGUUAGCCGACCUGCUAGAGGCAGGAGCGUUGGACAUCAACAAUCAAACACACAGAGACAGGAUGAUUGGUCUAAUGAUGACAGCUUGUGAUCUCUGCUCCGUCACCAAGUUUUGGCCAGUUUGCAAGGCAACAACCAAUGAUAUUUAUUCUGAAUUCUGGGGAGAGGGUGACGACAUGAAAAAAAUGGGAAUGCAACCCAUUCCUAUGAUGGACAGGGAGAAAAAUGAGGAAAUCCCCAGUGGCCAGGUUGUUUUCUUCAACAGCGUAGCCUUGCCUUGUUAUCGUACACUUGCAGAAAUCUUCCCAACAACCAGUCAACUGCUAAAAUCUUGCAGGGAAAAUCUCGCUCAGUGGGAGAAGAUAGCACGAACAAGUGAAACCUCAGAUCAGGGCCAGGCAGCUCCCUCAAAGAACGUUCCUGUAAAAAUUGAGAAUUGAUGGAACUGGUGCUCUAUAAUGAAUGCUCCA